ACUGGCAGGGACAGCUGCGGACAGCGCCGGACCAGCUUUGUUCGCAGGGUGGCGCCUGCUCUCCAUCCAGGCCCUGCUCCUUCUGGGGGCUCGGUGGGCAGCUGGCGCCGUGGGCCCCCCGCCAUGAGUGUCUAGAGGCACGGAGCCACCAGGGUCUCUCUGGAGGAGGCUCGGGGCGCUGGGAGGAUGGGGCAGGACCAGACGAAGCAGCAGAUCGCGAAGGGGCUCCAGCUGUACCAGUCUAACCAGACAGAGAAGGCGCUGCAGGUGUGGACGAAGGUGCUGGAGAAGAGCUCGGACCUCGUGGGGCGUUUCCGCGUGCUGGGCUGCCUGGUCACGGCCCACUCGGAGAUGGGCCGCUAUAAGGAGAUGCUGAAGUUUGCUGUGGUACAGAUCGACACGGCUCGGGAGCUGGAGGAUGCCGACUUCCUCCUGGAGAGCUACCUGAACCUGGCGCGCAGCAACGAGAAGCUGUGCGAGUUUCACAAGACCAUCUCCUACUGCAAGACCUGCCUCGGCCUGCCCGGCACCCGGGCAGCCACCCAGCUCGGAGGCCAGGUCAGCCUGAGCAUGGGCAACGCCUUCCUGGGCCUCAGCCUCUUCCAGAAGGCCCUGGAGAGCUUCGAGAAGGCCCUGCGCUAUGCCCACAACAACGAUGACACCAUGCUCGAGUGCCGUGUCUGUUGCAGCCUGGGCAGCUUCUACGCCCAGGUCAAGGUGGGCCCGGCCCCCCAGGGAGGGCGGUAGAGUCUCGGGCUCCCUGAGAGUCUCCCGUGAGCCACGCUUCCUGUUGCAUCACCUCGUUCAGUCCUCCCAUUUAAGUAGGGAUGAGGCAGAUGGAAGCCUGGGAGGGAAAAGACAGCCAGGAAGUAAAGACAUGGCCAGGCAGGGCAGAGCCAGAAUUCAAGCUUUGAUCUGUCUGAGUUCCUGGGGGAAUGGGAAGCUCCUAUGUGAGGACAGGCCGUGAACCUGUACUGCCACGUGUUUGCUGUGUGAUCUUGGGCAAGUCACCUCUCCUCUCUGAACCUAUGAAAUGAAGGAGAAUGGAACCCACCUUACAGCGUGGUUGUCAGGAUUCAUUCAUCAAAUAUGUACUGAGAAUCUAUGAUAUCCCAGGCGUUGAUGGCCUAGGGUGCAACAGUGAAAACAACAGCCAAGUCCCUGGGUUCAUGAACCUUGCAUUCUAGCUGGGGGAGAAAGACAAAUAAAUGCAAUCAGCAAAUCAAGUAUACAGCAUGGUGGAAAGUGCCUAGGAAAAAGGCGAGCAGGGAAAGGGGGUUGGAAGUGCUGAGGAUGAGCUGUUGCAAUUUCAAACAGCGUGGUUGGAAGGCCUUGUAGAGGUGAUGUCUGAUGUCUUGGAGGAGAUGAGCGGGUGAACCAUGCAGAAAUCUGGCAAAAGAAUGAAAAAGAGGGAACAGUUAAAGCACAGCUCUGCCCUUGGGGGACCUUACCCAGUAUGUUCCAGGAAGGAUGGAGGCCAGCAUGGCUGCGGCAGGUGUAUGAGAAGAAGGUAGGUGGUGGUGGGGUCAGAGAGGUAAGGGGGAACGGAGAUGGCAGAUUGAGAAGAAACUGAUGGGGUCGGUGACCUCAGGCUUUUGGUCCUGAGCAUUUGCUCUCCUUCCCCAUAGGCAUCUAGGCUGUGCUUGGCCCAUGGGGGAUGUUAGUGCCUGGCACAUAGUAGAUGCUUAAAAAAAUCCUGGAGAGUGUAAAUGCUGGUGGAUCAGAGGUGGAAGUAUGAGGAAGUGAGGGUCAUCCACGACCACACUGAGGAUUUUGUUUUCAGCAACUAGAUGUAUGGGGAAGCCAUUCAGUGAGAUGCAAUAGGAUUGGAGAGGGAUAGGGGUGUUUUAUAACUUUUUUUAUUAUGCAGAAAAUUAACCAUGCAGGAAAGCAGAAUAAUAGAAUGAAUCUCCAUGUACCCACUACUUAGAUUUAAUGAUUAUUAAUAUUUUGCCAUAUUUGACUUACAUAUUUUUCACUGAAGUGCUGUGAUACAAAAUUAUAGACAUCAUGCGGGCUUCCCUGGUGGCGCAGUGGUUGGGAGUCCGCCUGCCGAUGCAGGGGACACGGGUUCGUGCCCCGGUCCCGGAGGAUCCCGCGUGCCGCGGAGCGGCUGGGCCCGUGGGCCAUGGCCGCUGGGCCUGUGCGUCCGGAGCCUGUGCUCCGCAACGGGAGAAGCCACAGCAGUGAGAGGCCCGCCUAGUACAAAAAAACCCCCCAAAAACAACAAAAAAAAUUAUAGACAUCAUGAUAUUUUACCCCGAAGUAAUUCUGUAUG